AAACACGGCACACAUUUUUAACAGUUUAAAACUUUAAACAUUGAAUUGAGAAUGCUGUACAAUUCAUUCAACUACCUAUUCAAUAUUUUUAUGCAAUAAAUAUCAAAUUUGAAUUUGAAUUUCUCAUUUCCUGCACGAAAACAUAUUGUCAUGAUUUUCUUUACGGUUCUUACAUGAUUUGUGAUCUGUUGAAUUACUGUCGUUUGUUGUAGAUGUUCACAAUCAAGAUUUGAAAUGGAGAUUAUUAAUUUAAAGGAUUAUAAGUUGAAUACUGUCGAUGAUACAGCUUAUUAUAUACCAAAUUUUAUAACCAAAGAUCAGGAAACAUAUAUAAUUGAAAAAGUAAAUAAUGCACCAAAACCUAAGUGGUGUCAAUUGAAAAAUAGAAGAGUUCAAAAUUGGGGAGGCGUGCCUCAUACCAAAGGACUUAUUCCCGAAACAAUUCCUGAUUGGUUAAAAGGAUUUGUCAAUCAAGUAGAUAGUCUUCAAGUAUUUCCUAGCACUAACAAACCAAAUCAUGUGUUAAUUAAUGAAUACUUAUCUGGACAAGGGAUCAUGCCACAUUUAGAUGGAAGUUUAUUUUUUCCUACUGUGACUACAAUUAACUGUGGAUCUCAUACUGUAUUGAAUUUUUAUAAGUCACUUGAGGACAACGUAGUUGUAUCAAGUGAAAAAGUAUACAGUUUAUUGCUGGAAAGAAGAAGUCUACUAGUUUUACAGGAUAAAAUGUACACAGAAUAUAUGCAUGGCAUUGAGGAGAUUACCAAUGAUAUCAUUGAUGAUAAAAUAUCCAACAUAACAUUUUGUGGAUCAAAUUAUCAAAAUGGAAUUCAACUGACAAGAAAUAAACGCAUAUCAUUAACUAUUAGAAAUGUUCCUAAAGUAUUCAAGUUGAAUUUAAAUAAAAUGAUAAAAAUAUAAACUCAUCAAUUUUAAAACACAGAUA